AUGCCCGCCUCCGCAAACAUCCCACCGCUUAUACUGCCAUUCAUCAGUGACCGCGCGAAGAAAAUACUAGAUCUGGUGGAGAAAUUCGUGGACGAGCAAUGCAUCCCCGCGCAUGCUCUCUUCGACGCACAACUAGGCCACGGCGCCUCACGAUGGCAGACGAAACCAGCGGUCCUGGAAAAGCUCAAAGCGGAAGCUCGUCAGCUCGGUCUUUGGAAUAUGUUUCUGGGCCGCGACCAUGGAGCUGGGUUAUGUAGUGUCGAAUAUGCGUUGAUGGCGGAGUAUCUGGGGAAGAGUUAUAUUGCCUCUGAGGCGACAAAUAACUCGGCUCCCGACACCGGGAAUAUGGAACUCCUGGAAAAGUAUGGCACAGAGGCGCAAAAGCAGCAAUGGCUGGUCCCGCUGUUGGAAGGUCGAAUCCGGUCCGCGUUCUUGAUGACCGAGCCAGACAUUGCCGCCAGCGAUGCACGGAAUAUUCGAUGUGAUAUUCAUCGGGAUGGGGAUGGUUACGUUCUCAACGGCUCGAAAUGGUGGUCGUCAGGCGCCGGCGAUCCAACCUGCGAGCUCUAUAUUGUGAUGGGUCAAACCACCAAUACAUCUUCUGAAAACCCGUAUGGCCGGCAUUCAGUGGUCUUGGUGCCUACGAAUACGCCCGGUAUAACAGUCCAUCGCAUGUUAUCCGUAUAUGGGUAUGAUGACGCACCACACGGACACGGCCAUAUCACCCUCAAGAACGUCCGCGUACCAGCCUCCAGCAUAGUACUGGGCGAAGGACGAGGUUUCGAGAUUAUCCAAGGCCGUCUGGGCCCCGGUCGAAUCCACCACGCAAUGCGCACGAUCGGCGCGGCCGAGAGCGCACUGGAAUGGAUGAUAGCCCGAGUCAACGACGAAAGGAAAGCAUUCAGACCGUCGCAUUCCGCCCACGCGAUGUUCCAGGAAUGGAUCGCCAAGUCGCGCAUCGAAAUCGACGCAGCGAGAAUGACCGUCCUGAACGCCGCCGUUAAGAUUGACCAGGAAGGUGCUAAAGCUGCACUUAGAGAGAUCGCUAUGGCUAAGGUUCUUGUGCCUCACAUGGCUUUGCAGGUUAUUGACCGGGCUGUUCAAGCUUUCGGUGCUGCUGGUGUUUGUCAAGACACGCCGCUGCCGGGUCUCUGGGCGUCGGCUCGGACAAUUCGCAUUGUUGAUGGGCCGGAUGAAGUGCAUUUGCAACAACUGGGCCGGAGGGAAGGCCAGCGGAUGGGUGAAGCUGUGUAG